AUGACCCUGUACUGUGCCACACCUAGUGCUGAAUUCACUUCUCCCAUCAACAUGUACACCAAAUGCUGCCCUGGAAACUUCUCCUCCUGCUCUCUUGGGAGCUCCCUGCAGUACCCAGGCUCCUCCUGCAUCUCCUCCUGCCCCAGCAACCUGGUCUACAGCACUGACCUCUGCUCUCCCAGCAUCUGCCCGGUGGGCUCCUCUCUCUACAGGGGCUGUCAGGAGACCUGCUACAAGCCCAGCAGCUGCCAGACAUCCUGCGUGGUGUCCAAGCCCUGCCUGACAUCCUGCUACCGCCUCAGGGCCUCCAAUCUCUGCAGUCCCUGCCAUCUGACUUACUCUAGACCACUGGGCUAUGGAUCAAGAAGCUGGUACUCACUGGGCUGUGGAGUCACUGGUUUCAAAUCACUAGGUUGUGGAAUCCGUGGCUUCCCUUUCCUGGGAUAUCGAUCUGGAUUAUGCUGCCCAUCCUGCUUUCCUUCUGGGAGCUGCCAGUCUUCUUUUUACAGACCAAUCUGUGGGUCAGGCAUCUAUCAUUCAAUUUGCUAA